CACACACACACACACACACACACACACACACUCACUAAGGCCAGGCCAGGCCAGGCCAAAGUUGAAGACACACUUGAAUCAAAACAGACUCCAUUGAACAUCAGACGAACACAACAUACAACACAUGUGAAGUGCCACACACUGCAGAAAUCGAUUCGAACAGACGCGCGUCUACUAAUCUAAACCAGUUUAACUACCUGUACAGGCCAGGAGAAACGUGGUGAUGGCGCAGGAGUGUGUGGUGAAGUAUGAGCCAGUGGCAGAGAUCGGAGGCGGUGCGUACGGUACGGUCUAUAAAGCUCGUGAUAAAGACAGCGGACAGUUUGUGGCUUUGAAGAGUGUGAGAGUGCAGACCAAUCAGGAUGGACUUCCUCUGUCUACGGUCCGAGAGGUCGCCCUGCUCAGACGGCUUGAGCAGUUUGACCACCCUAACAUUGUCAGACUCAUGGAUGUUUGUGCUACUCUGAGGACCGACCAGGAAACGAAAGUGACUCUGGUGUUUGAACAUGUGGAUCAGGAUCUCAGGACAUAUCUGGAGAAAGCACCUGCUCCUGGACUGCCUAAUGAUACAAUCAGAGACUUGAUGCAGCAGUUGUUGUGUGGUUUGGCAUUCCUGCAUUCAAACCGAGUUCUCCAUCGGGAUCUGAAGCCGGAAAACAUCCUGGUUACCAGCAGAGGGCAGGUGAAGCUGGCAGACUUUGGGUUGGCACGAAUCUACAGCUGCCAUAUGGUGCUCACACCUGUGGUUGUGACGUUGUGGUACCGUUCACCUGAAGUUCUGCUCCAGACCACCUAUGCCACACCUUUAGACAUCUGGAGCACUGGCUGCAUCUUUGCUGAGAUGUUUCGACGCAAGCCUCUCUUCUGUGGAGAAUCAGAGAUGGAUCAGCUGGGGAAGAUUUUUGCUGUGAUUGGCCUGCCGUCUGAAGAGGAGUGGCCUACUGAUGUUACUCUGUCUCGUCAGAGCUUCAGCCCACAAAACCCUCAGCCAAUCACAGACUAUGUUCCAUCGAUCAGUAAGAAGGGGGCGGAGCUCUUACUGAAGGAUGCAUCUGACAGAGGGCUGGGAGCAGUGUUCUCGCAGGAGGUGGAGGGGGAGGAGCGACCGGUGCUGUACAUUAGUCAUAAGCUCUCGCUGAGUGAGACCAAGUACAGCACCAUGGAGAAGGAGUGUCUAGCGAUCAAGUGGGCCGUCCUCGCUCUCCGCUACUACCUUUUAGAAAUGGAAUUUUUAAAUAUAUUUGGCUGUUCAGGCGUGCAUUAGCUCGAGCAUUUUCGGAACACAUGUGCAUGUUCAGCAUACACAUAUACACCACCUGUCAAUCAAACAGGGCGCAGCUGUUAUUAGAUCGCUUCCGAAUUAUCAAAAUUUUGCCAAAAUGCCCGUCUUGGUGAGAUAUUCAUGUAAACACAGAGAGUGAUGUCUAAAGUGUACGUAAACAGUGGAGAAAAAAGUGGAUUUGUGUUAAAAUGUUGGACUUGUAAGUAUAAAUGUAAGCUAAUAGACCUGCUGCUGUCUAGCUUGUCAUUAUAAUAAUCAAACAACCAUAACAAGAAAACGAGAAAACACUCACUGCUCUUGACUGGGUAACUUUAGUAGCUUUAAAAAUAAUUAAUGUAUUAUAAUCAUACAGUGCAGACCAGUAGUAGUUUUAUCUUGCAUUUCAUUCUGAAUGUUUACUUGAUAACUUGAUAGCCUACUGCUGUUAAAAACUUUUAAAGCUGUAAAAAAAAGCACUGAAUUUUCUUAAUUUGUAUUUUUUGUUCUAUCAUUUUUAAUCUAUUUCUAUUCAUUGCUGUUUUUUAUUGUUAUUUUAUUAAGGUUUGUUUACUAGUCUUUAAUAAUUAUUUAAGAACUUGAAACCAUUCUUCCAUAAUUAACAUAUUAGUUAGUGUUAUUAUUUGUUGUGGUAAUUUUCACUAUCAACUACUGAAAUUUUGGUAUUGUGAUAAUGUAUAUCCUUUAUAGUACAUGGUAGAUCUUGCUGCAAUAACAUGAUGAAAAUGUAGAUCUCAUUCCAUAGAAGUGUGAGCACCCCUGCUGUAAAUGAUGGCGAUGGAGACUUCUCUUUAUUUGACUACCAUACAUAACAUAAAAUAAUUAUCAUAUGACAAUAGCCUCCUCCCCUUCCCAGUGUAGUUUGCAUUUCUGUCGCAGAGAAUUGAGUUGAUUGCAUAGGUACACUAUUAGGUUGGUUAUCGGUCAUAAUUUUAGAAAAAUAUCCAACAUAAACUUUGACGUUACUUCAGUAUGUAACUUAAAUGUCCUUUUUUCUCUCCGGACUAGUCACUUUUUUACUCGGAAUGACCAAUUUACUUGUCCGGAGGACAAGCACAUGACAAUGCUUGUUGUCGAGCCCUGGCUCAAAUGUAUGCUCUAGUGGAUUUUGUGUUUUGACCACUUGUGUACUGCAUUAAACU